CCUGAAUUGUUAUUCCGUCUCGUUAAACCCUCCGGAGGCCGGCGGCUGGACUGGAGCUACCCGCCACCGCCACCUUGUUCUGCAGCACACACCGCCACAUUGAAACUUCAUAACAAUGCUUCGAUGCAGAACCUUGUUGGCCAAGAACUCCUCAAGGAGAAAGAAGAAGAAGAACAACACUGGCAAAAGCAAGAGCAGAAGAAAGAUAAGCAUCAGAGAGGGAUCUGUCUCCAAUGGUCCCACUGAGCUGGAAGAAUCGUCGGAAUACACAAGAGAGGAUCAGGAAGAGGAAGAAGACGACGACCCAGAAUUAGGGUUCAGCCUCAAAAGCUCUGCCCUUUCCCAGACUCACGGGGUUCAGCCGCUGGGCAACCUCUUCCUCAGCCCCGGCGCCGUAAAUUCAAGAAACACCGGCCUAGGUAACCUCCAAACCUUAACCGAUGAGCUCGUUCUUGAGAUUCUCGGGCUCCUGGGCGGGUCCCACCUCGGGGUCCUGUCUGCUGUCAGCAAAUCUUUCUACAUUUUCUGCUCCCAUGAGCCUCUUUGGAGGAACAUCGUACUGGAAACCGUUGGUGGCGGGUUCUUGUAUAAUGGGUCUUGGAAGUCUACUUAUGUUUCUGCAAAGUAUCCAGCUUUCGGGGCUGUGAGGAUUCGUAGUCCGGGUUUGAGAGUUAGGGACUUCUAUUCUGAUUAUCUGUUCCAGAGUUGGCUCUGUGCUAAUCUAGAAAUGAAGCCGGAGUGGCUCGAGAGAGACAACAUUGUGAGAAAGAGGGGCAUUUCAGUUGAAGAAUUCAUAAACGGUUUCGAGGAACCGAACAAGCCGGUCUUGUUGGAAGGGUGCAUGGACAAUUGGGCUGCACUGGAGAAGUGGAACAGGGACUAUUUGGUCGAUUUGUGUGGUGAUGUCCGGCUUGCUGUUGGUCCUGUGGAGAUGAAGCUUGAGGACUAUUUCUGUUACUCGGAUCAGACGAGGGAAGAGAGGCCAUUGUACUUGUUUGACCCGAAGUUUGCGGAGAAAGUUCCUGUUCUGGGCUCAGAGUAUGAGGUUCCUGUCUACUUCCGUGAAGAUUUGUUUAGUGUUUUGGGCAAUGAGAGGCCUGACUACCGGUGGAUCAUCAUAGGGCCAGGCGGGUCAGGUUCGUCGUUUCACAUUGAUCCCAAUUCAACUUCAGCUUGGAAUGCGGUAAUAAAAGGGUCCAAGAAGUGGGUCCUAUUCCCUCCUGAUGUGGUUCCUCCCGGCGUCCACCCAAGCCCUGAUGGAGCUGAAGUGGCGUGCCCCGUCUCGAUAAUAGAAUGGUUCAUGAACUUCUAUGGCGCCACGAAGAGUUGGAAGAAAAGGCCCAUUGAGUGCAUCUGUAAGGCGGGAGAGGUGAUAUUUGUCCCGAACGGAUGGUGGCAUCUGGUGAUCAACUUGGAAGAAUCCAUUGCCAUAACGCAAAAUUAUGUCAGCAGGAGAAAUCUAUUGAAUGUGUGGGACUUCCUUAAGAAACCGAAUGCUAGUACACUCAUCUCUGGAACGAGAGACCGAGUGAAUCUUUACGAUAAGUUUAGGAAUGCAAUCGAGGCCUCUUUUCCCGGAACUAUUGAACAGUUGACCAGGACGGCAGAGGAGACGGCAGCUCUGCAGAAGAAGCCUUCCUUCUGGGAUUCAGUAACCGAUUCCAAGGCCGGGGCUUUCAAGUUCUCUUUCUAAAUUGAUGCUCUUCCAACAAUGCUCCUUCUAAUUAUUCGGGCGUUGAUCUGUCUUCUGCUUUUCUUACUUGGGGAAGAUAGGAAAUGAUUUGUCAAAGCUCUUGGGAUCGAUCAUUCUCAUCACAGUUUGGCACUCUGACCAUUUUCUGUAGUUAUAUGAAUUCACUAGCAAUUUUGCCCCUGAAAGAGCAAAUUGCCGACGUUUUUGUCCCUCAAUGAAAAUUGCCACCAAUUUCGUCCUUGAAA